AUGCAAGUAGAAGAUGCUGAAGAGGAAGCCAGAGAGGCCCUGAAGGAAGUGACGGAUGUGGCAGCAGAUGCGGACGUGUUGGCAGUGCUCUUGACGGUGUUUCGGACAGACCGAGAUUCUGCCAUCCGAGGGGACGACAGCUGGGAGAAUCCCUUGGGCUACUGCAAGCGCAUGUGCGCCUUGUGCGACCGGAACUUUCUGAGCGGCGGGGGCCAGCCCCGGGCGGAUGACUUCCCCGCACGCGUCGUGGCGGGUGUGUACGCGGAGUGCGGCCGCACUUUUUUCGUGGCGGGAGAGACUUCCACGGCCCGGGAUCAGCUGCAGAAAGCGCUCAACGUCUACGAGAUCCUGAAGCCAGGGCAUGAGGAGCUGCCUCAGCUGGCAGCAUGUCGUGCCUCGCUCGCGCGGGUUUGCCGCAAAAGCGGGCAACUGAGGAGGGCUCAGGACGAGUUCCUGCAAGCUCUGCAGCUCCUUGCAGAGCUGCCGGACUGCUUCGAUGCCCCGGAGCUCAUCUCGGAGUACGCGGAGGUCUUAGCGGAGGCUCCGCCGUCCGAGGCCGUGGUCUCCACGCAGCUUUUGGAGCUGAUGAUGGAGUUGGUGGAGGAGAAGUUCGGGGACUGCAGUGAGGAGCACAUCAAGGCAUUGCAGGAGCUCUCCGGCGGCUGUUUGAGCGCGGGGCGGCCGGCCUUGGCAGCGCCCCUGCUGCUGAACCUCACGAGGGCGCUGCGGGAAGAUGGAGCUGCCACGCGCGAGAUCCAGGCUGCGGAGCAACAGGCAGCCGAGGCCUUUGAGGCGGCUGCAUGCGAGCAGAUGCAGCAGAAUGACUUCGAGGCCGCCGCCAACACGUGGUCCUCGGCCAUCCGGAUGCGAGAGGCUUUGAAUGCACAGGAGGAGGUGCUGGCAGAGAUGCGGGCCUCCCUGGCGGUUCUGCAGCAGAUGGCCGGCGGCAGCGCGGCAGCCAGUACCCGGGAGCCUGGGGAGCCCGAGCCGACCGCCCAGUCUGAGGACAGCCACAGCCACGGGAGCGCCAGCCCAUGCCCCGUGCCUGACAGCUGGGACGAGGAGCUUCCGAGCACACAGGACCUGCGGCCCAAGCCAUCACUCACACAGCCAGCACAGAGCCUCCGCCCCGGCUGGAGCCGUGGCAAGGACGGCUGGGAUUGA